UUACGAACACUUAAAGGGCAUUCAACCUACGUGAUGUGCGUGCGCUACGGUCCGCAGGGCAGCCUGCUGAUCAGCGGCGAUCACGAAGGCUUUAUGAAGGUUUGGGAUGUCAAAGGUAUAAAAUGUCCGAAGACAGUCAGCUCGCACGCUGAUGCUGUGACAGCCGUACACUUCAGUCGUGAUGGACGUCAAGUUUUGUCCUCGUCCCGGGACGGAACAAUCCGUCUGCGGGACAGCAGUACAUGCGCCUGUCUGAAGACGAUUAAUGCCGAAGCAUCAGUCACAUCAGCGAGUUUUUCUCUGAAUGAAAAAUACAUAUUGGCAUCAAUCGUCGAUUCCUCGGUCCGUCUCUGGGAGCUCAGCUCUCAAAGGCUGCUAAGGACGUACUCCGGGCAUACUAAACAGGACAGCACAUUUUUGUUGUCUUGUUUCUCAGUCAUGGUGGGCAAGUGGAUAGUGAGCGGUAGUGAGGACAAUCAACUCUACCUGUGGAAUCUGCAGACACGACAGGUGGUACAAACUCUGAAAGGGCACACUGGUAAGACUUUCACGAUAUCCCCUUGCCGUUUUCUGCUGACUUCCGACAUGCUCAUCCGACGCUAA